AUUUUAUUCUAAGAUACAUUUAUCUUUUAUUUAAUGUUGUAAAUAAAUACUUGUGAAUAUUUUUGCAGUCAAAAUACAGUUGUGGUGGUCUUUAUAAGAAUAGCCAAGAGUAUUACAAAUAUACAUUUAUUAAGUAACAUAUAAAACAAGUUGUAUUUCCCUACAACGAGCCCAGGCCCAGUCUCAUUGUAUUAACCACUCCAGCUUUAUUUUCUAACUACAUGGGACCUGGGUUACAUAAAAUGGAGGCACCGCUGGGAUUAUUUAACAUAAACGGAAAUUUAUAAACAUAGAGUACAAGCCACUAGACCCCACAACUUUAGAGCAGUAGUAUAGAGCAUUUGUAUAAAAAUAACGUGCUAACAGUAACUAAAAGCAAUUUAAGUAAAGUACAACAUGGCAAGCCAAACAAGUAGUUCAUCACAGCGUGAGCUAAUUAACUGGUGCAAAGGAGAAUCAUUAGAUUUAAAGCAUGCCCUCCUUUUACACGGAGUGCCAGAAGGUGUUUCAAGAGAAGAGAUUGAAGAAACAGCAGGGACUAUCAAAGCAUUGGGAAAAGGUAGAGUGAGAGGAAAGAUGUUUCACCCUCAACAACAAUCAGUAAUGGUGUUAUGUGAGUGUCGUGAAGAGAUUGACCCCUCCAAAAUCCCACCUGAGAUAAUGCCUAUAAGUGAAGGAAGUGGUUGGAAAACUGUCUAUUACACAGAGCCUCAGCUUGAUAACUUUGAAGAGAAGCUACUUUCCUUUUUGCAGUGCGAAGGGAGAACCUUAGAUGACUUACCAGGUUUAUGUUCACUCACCAAAGAGGGUAACAGCAACCCUGAAGACAUCAUCCGUGCGGUCGGUGAUGUUAUGAGCAGAACAAACAAACAACAUGACAGUCACCCAUACAGACGUCUGCGGACAUUCUCUGGGGUCAGUCCCACCCCAACUGGAGAAGAGACCUUCGAUAAUUGGCGGGAACAAGCAACAUUCUUAGUAGAGGAAGGUGAGUGCUCCGACAAAGAAAAACGGUGUCGGAUACUGGAGAGUCUUAAAGGGCCCGCCUUUGAAAUCAUUCAAGCUGUGCGCCUGACUCAACCUGAUGCUAGCCCACAUGAGUACAUAAAGGCUAUAGAGAGCAUUUUUGGUACAGUAGAGUCCCCAGAAGAACUAUACUUGUCGUUUAGAGCCCUCCACCAACAGUCUGGUGAGCGUCUGUCUGAGUUCCUACGAAGAGUAGAAAAAUCUCUUGUCAAAGUAGUACAGGGAGGUGGUUUACCUGUUAGCGCUGCCAAUAGCGCUCGUUUAGAGCAGCUUCUUAGAGGGUCUACCUCUGAACUCAUGUUGCUUCAGUUGAAAAUUAGGGAGCGGAGUAGUAAUCCCCCUACAUUCUUGAACCUGUUAAGAGAAGUGAUGGAAGAGGAGGUUCGCCAGUUAGCCAAACAAAGCCAUUUGUCACACAUGCGUCCUCAGCGUGUACGCACUGUCCAAGCUGAAAAGGAGAAAGAACCUGAAUCAGUCUCUAGGAGUGAACUGCAAGCUCAGAUUCGAGAAUUGAGAGCGCAGCUAGAGCAGAGAAGCAACUUACAACAUCAGCCAAUCUCUGAUGAAUCUUUUACAGGUCUGAAAGAGAAACAAAAACAAAAAAAUGAGUCCCAGAGUGAAUUGCAAUCACUAAGGAAACAAGUGAAAGCCCUAGAAAAUAAAAUGAGUGUAAUGGCAGUGAAAUACACAUCAGACCCCCCACGAGAACACACACCCCAGCCUCACCAAUACAAAGCAGCUCCAGUUCACAAGCCCGCUCAUUCCAAAGUUUUUCCUCCCCGACAAGACAAGGAUGAGUUUUUCUGUUAUCGGUGUGGGGAAAAUGGCCACAUAGCCACCAGAUGUACUGCCCCUGAGAAUCUCCAGAAAGUUAUUAGAAAGCUUAUACGCUUGGUGCGAGUUUCCCCUUUACCAAACAAAGAGAACCCAAAUCCUGCAGCUGAAGAGCAGCAUGUAGCUAGAACCAAUAAGGUUGAAGUCCCAGAACCUAACACUGACUUACCUGAAGGUCUCGUAGGUCCAUCAUUUAUUCACACCAUCAAAGUUAAUGAUGUAGUCUGCAAUGCUCUUAUCGAUAGUGGGUCUAACGUGACUAUUAUUUUUGAAAGCUGGUAUAACAAACACUUAACUGAUGUCCCGAUAAAACCCCUCUCUGGUCUUGGACUCUGGGGCCUUUCAGACACUGAGUUUCCUUACAAAGGAUAUGUUGUGGUUGAGAUGGAGUUCACUGAAGAGAUCACUGGUGUAUCGGGACGAGUAGAAGUGCUUGCUUUAAUCUGCCCUGAGCCAAGAAAUCAGCAACAAACCCCUGUAUUGGUUGGCACCAAUACAUCUCUGUUUCGCCGCUUAUGGGAGCUGGUGAAGACAAAAGGUGAUGAGAACAUUGUGCACUCAAUGAGGAUUCAGUCUGUUUACGCACCUGUCAAAGCACAAGAGCAGUUUGCAAAAGAUGAAGUCUUGGGACAGAUAAAGUGGAAAGGACCUGGUUUACACUCCAUUGCUCCAGGUGUAAAGUACUAUGCAACAUGUAAAGUGGAAAGACAGAGUGCCCCGUCCAAAGACUUUGUACUGAUUGAUGCACCCACUGAACAGUUGCUCCCCGCCGGUCUGCUGGUACAGACUGGUGUGCUUUCAGACGGCAACAUAGACAAUAACAGUUUCACUGUCCUCAUUCAGAAUGAGUCAAAAAGGGCAACUUCCAUCCCAGUUGGGACCAUCGUUGCUGAGAUGUAUGCUGUGGACACAGUUACCCCAGUUCUACUUUCCAACCUCCCAGCUGAAACUCUAGACCCAAGUCUUUUCAAUUUCGGGGACUCUCCCAUUCCCGAAGAGUGGAAAAGUCGGUUUCAGCAGAAGUUGGCUGAGAGGCGGAAUGUUUUCUCACUGCAUGAGUGGGAUGUUGGUCGCGCCAAUGGUGUUGAACACCACAUACGCCUGCAUGACCCCAGACCCUUCAGGGAGAGGUCAAGGAGGAUAGCCCCUGCCGACAUAGACGACGUGCGGCGACACAUACAACAACUACUGGCUACUGGCAUUAUCACUGAGUCCCGUAGCCCAUACGCCUCACCAAUCGUUGUAGUCCGCAAAAAGAAUGGGAAGAUAAGAAUCUGUAUUGAUUACAGAACACUGAACAACCGCACCACACCAGAUCAGUACACAAUGCCACGCAUUGACGACGCCUUGGAUUCUCUAUCAGGCAGCCAAUGGUUUUCAGUUCUGGACUUGCGCAGUGGUUACUACCAGAUAGAGAUGGCUCCGGAGGACAAAGAGAAGACGGCGUUCAUUUGCCCUCUCGGUUUCUAUCAAUUUGAGCGCAUGCCACAAGGAAUCACAGGAGCGCCAGCAACAUUUCAGCGCUUAAUGGAAAAGGCUGUAGGUGAUAUGCAUCUUCUGGAAGCUCUCGUGUACUUAGAUGAUAUCAUCAUUUUCAGCAAGACACUUGAGGAGCACGAGCAACGUCUUCUCAAGGUGUUGGACAGACUAGAGGAGGUCGGAUUGAAGGUUUCUAUUGACAAAUGCCAAUUCUGUCAGCCCGAGGUCAAGUAUGUGGGUCACAUUGUUUCUGCUAACGGAAUAGCUACGGAUCCAGACAAAGUGGAGGUAGUAAAGCAUUGGAAAGAGCCCACUCACCUGAAACCGCUGAAGUCCUUCCUCGGAUUUUGCAGUUAUUAUCGGAGGUUCAUUGCAAACUACUCUGCCAUUGUCCGUCCCCUCUCCGAGCUCACCAAGGGUUAUGCCCCCACUUGGCAAGACCCCAAGACUAAAAAAAGUGUUGACCAAAGCAAAGUCUAUUUCAAGCCAUCAGAGCUGUUCGGAGAACGGUGGACUAAAACCUGCCAGGACGCUUUUGACCGUAUUCGUGACUGUUUGAUUAAUGCCCCAGUGCUAGCUUUCGCUGACCCCACAAAACCGUACAUCUUACAUGUGGACGCCAGUAUGAAUGGUUUAGGCGCUGUCCUGAACCAGGAAUAUCCUGAGGGCCUCAGGCCAGUAGCUUUUGCCAGUCGUAAGCUUAAAGACUCAGAACACAACUAUCCAGUCCAUCAAUUGGAAUUUCUGGCAUUAAAAUGGGCUGUCGUGGACAAGUUUCACGAUUACUUGUAUGGAGCAAAGUUUGUGGUAAGAACUGACAAUAAUCCAUUAACAUAUGUAUUGACCUCCGCCAAACUCAGUGCAGUCGGACAUCGUUGGCUCGCCGCCCUCGCCACCUACGAUUUCACCAUCCAGUAUCGACCUGGGAGACACAAUAUUGAUGCUGACUUGUUGUCCAGACAGUACUCUUCAGAGGAGACAGAAGAGUGGAUUAGUGUCCCACCUGCUGGCAUCAAAGCCCUCUGCAAAAGAGCCUGUGUCCGUGAAGAGGCUGAUGUGCCAGACAGAUUUGUUGAUCAGUUGGGAGCUCCUGCCACCGCAGUACCUGAAGCUUAUGUGUUUCCAGUGAACCUUAGCAUGAAUACACUUGACCAAUUGAGCUCAAAAGACAUUCAAGCAUCACAAGAUGUGGACCCAACAAUUGGACCAUUAAAGAAAGCUCUGGAGAAGAAUAAAUGCCUGACACGCUCAGAGAACGACUCACCUGAAACUGUGCUGCUCCUUCGUGAAAGCCGCAAGUUGGAGUUAAGAGAUGGAUUACUCUACAGAGUAAAAGAAAAGAUGUGCGGAAAACAGAUCAAACAACUUGUCUUGCCCACAAGAUACCGCCCAAUGGUGUUAAGGUCUCUACAUGAUGAGUGUGGACACUUGGGAGUCGAACGCACCACUGAACUGAUCAAGGACAGAUUUUAUUGGCCGCGAAUGACAGCUGAGGUCGAGCAGUACAUUCGAACCUGUGGUAGAUGUAUCUCCAGAAAGACACUCCCUCAGCAUGCCUCGCCCUUAAACCAAAUAACGAGUAAUGGCCCCUUGGAUUUAGUUUGUAUCGAUUUUUUGCAAAUAGAGCCUGACUCUAAAGGUGUUGCUAAUGUGUUGGUAGUGACAGACCAUUAUACACGUUACGCACAAGCAUUUGCUACAAAAAAUCAAAAGGCUAUCACAGUUGCAAGAGUAUUGUGGGACAAGUAUUUUGUGCACUAUGGCCUACCUGCAAGGAUACACUCGGAUCAGGGCCGAGAUUUUGAAAGUCGCCUGAUAAAAGAACUCUUGUCCAUGCUUGGGAUUCGUAAGUCAAGAACAUCUCCCUACCACCCUCAAGGGGAUGCCCAACCAGAACGAUUCAAUCGAACACUUUUAGCCAUGCUUGGUACCCUGGAUGCCGUACAGAAACAACAUUGGAGUCAACAUAUCAACUACCUGGUACAUGCAUACAAUUGCACAAAAAAUGAUUCCACGGGAUACUCCCCUUAUCAUCUCAUGUUCGGAAGGGAAGCAAGGUUACCCAUUGACAUCUGUUUUGGAAUCUCACCAAAUGGUGAAAGUGAAACCUCCUACCAACAGUACGUGGCCAGGAUGAGGAAAGAGUUGCAAAAAGCUUAUCAGUUGGCAUCUGAUGCUGCUACAAAGAAUCAUCUGAAAAAUAAAGCCCGGUAUGACCAACGUGUGAGAGACCUACCUUUGGAGAAAGGAGACAGAAUUCUCAUACAGAAUGUGGGUCUAAAAGGCAAACAUAAACUCCAAGAUCGAUGGAAAUCAAUGCCAUAUGUUGUUGUGGAGAAGUUGCCUAACCUGCCUGUUUAUAAGGUCAAACCAGAGCAUGGUUCAGGUGUGCUGAAAACUCUCCAUCGAGAUCAUCUGUUGCCCAUCGGUUACAUGGUCAGGAUGUUUAACCCAUCAGAUGAUGCAAGCUCUGUUCGGAGACCUGUAACAAGAACUCAACGUACUCAGAAACGUCAACCAACCAAGUCUGAAGAAAGUGACACAGAGUUAUCAGGUUCAGAGUUUGAAACUGUCCACAAACCUCCAGAUUUUGAUUUUGAUAUGGAUGAGGUCCGGAGACGGAUAAACAUAAAUCACUCUGUGGAGAAUGAUGAGAGUGAAAACUCUGAGGAGGAUGGAAAAGCUGAGGAGGAAAGCUGUGAAGUUACAGAAACUCAACAGCUUACAGAGACAGAGAAUGAGGAACCGCUUGAAGGUGCUGCACCUCCUCUGUCAUACACAGAUAUCCAAGAGACAAAUACUGAAUCUGUGGAAGAAGAUUCUCAAGAUUCAGAAGAGGGAGCAAGCUCACCUCCCUUACAAAGAAACAGACGUAAUAUAGCUGCUGAAAGAGCAAAAAGUGAAAGGUCUUCUACAGUCCGGACAUCCCUGAGAAAACCAAAGCCACCUAUAAGAUUUACUUAUGAGGAACCUGGUCAUCCAUCUUUUGAACCAGUUACCAUCAUGCACCAUGGCAUGGUCAUCCAACUCAAGAUGAACUCUCCAGACCAAGACAACAAACCAAGGAAAAAGUCCAAACCAUCCCAAAGGUAUAUGGAGGAGGAUAAAAGGAAUCACCCUUUCAAGUUGAGGAGGGACAAAAGGUGUGGUGAGGACAUCUACACAUUCAGAAGAGGGAGGGUGUAGCCCUGUACAAAAUUUCUAUAAGUUACAGAGUAUAAAAGAUCAUUAACAGUGUAACACACGCACAUAAAAAAAAAAGAGAAGUUCAUAAAUAGAGUUCAUGUUAGUUA